AUGACUGCGUCGCUGUCGUCGGCGGAUCACCUGGCAAAAUACUAUGGGUUACACGGCAAAACCUGCCUGGUAACCGGGGGCACCCUCGGGAUCGGCCGGGCUGUGGUAGAGGAAUUCGCAAUCCUGGGAGCCAGGGUCUUCACGUGUGCCCGCAAGGCCGAUGCUCUGGAGAGCCUCCUGUCGGACUGCAAGGCCAAGGGCUGGAGCGUGGAGGGGAUCACGGCGGAUGUGGCUACACCCGAGGGCAGGGAGUCGGUCAUGAAGGCGGCGUCAGCAGCAUUAGGCGGACGCAUCGAUGUGCUGGUCAACAACGUUGGCACCAACAUCAGGAAGUCCACGCUGGACUACACCCCCGCCGACUUUGAGCGUAUGAUUGCAGUGAACCUGGAGAGCGCCUUUGCCCUCUCCCAGGCUGUGCACCCGUUCAUGAAGGCCGCGGGCGGCGGCGUGAUCAUCAUGAUCUCCUCGGUGGCUGGCGGCCCCGUUGCGAUGAAGUCGGGGGCGGUGUACGGCCUGACCAAGGCCUCCCUGAACCAAAUUGUGAUGAACUUUGCCUGCGAAUGGGCUUCAGACGGCAUCCGGGCCAUCUCAGUCGCACCCUGGUACACCGACACCCCGCUGGUGGAGAACCUGCUGGGGGACAAGGAGCUGCUGCAGCAGAUCCUCUCCAGGACGCCGCUCGGCAGGGUGGCGCAGCCUGAGGAGGUGGCGCGGGUGGUGGCAUUUGCGGCCUCCCCAGCGGCCAGCUACAUCACCGGACAAACGCUGCGUGUGGAUGGAGGCUACAGUGCGAUGGGUCUUUACUAG